UUUAUAGAACAAUUUUAGUAGAAGUAAUUAUUAGAAGUGGAUAUCGUAAGACUCAUGGGCCUUUUAUAAUUAGUAAGGCAAGGCCCAUGGUCAUUUGAUAUCCAAGCUCUGAGUUUAAAGCAUUAUAAGCUUAUGCUUAAUCUCAAAAUCGGUAAUUGAUGUUUACUGACUUCCUUCACCAGUGCUUUCGCUGCAUCUGCACUUGACAAUUCUGGCUUUCUUGUUGGCGAUAUAGGUCACCUUGAGAGGAGUGGCUUUCUCAAGGUCUUCAAAUGUGAAUGCGUUGAGUUUCUUCAUCACAGAUAUAACUUUAAAGUCAGUUGACUUUGAUUUUCUGCUUGCUGGUCUUACAAAUUCCAUUUUAAUAUUUUAUUAUUUAAUAACUAA